AUGGGCAAAUUAAUCAAGAACCACUGGGCGCGCCUCGUCAUUUUGACUGCUGCUGCUUAUCAGAUAGCCGCAGCUCUGGAAGCCUUUUUCUGGCCCAAAAUCUUCUGGGACUUCCUGACCAAGAACCUCGACUCCGCCGUAAAGCCUUUCCCGAUCCUCCAAAUCAUAAACCUCUUGCUCGGUAUCGUGGGCCUGGCGUGGGAAUGGCCAUUACCGCUGCUUGCAGGCACUGGGCUACACCGCAGUAUCGAGGCCAGAUUGAUCAUGUACCCUCUGAGCGCACUGUGUGCUCUUUUGAUCUACCAAGGCACAAACAGCGGCUUGUACUACAUCAUUGGAAUGAUGGCGUACUUUUGGGCAUACAGUGAAGGCGAGAUCGUUUGCCCUGAGCCCUGGACGUUACCGAAGCGAGGCUCGACAGCACGGAAGCUGGGAGCAUAG